UGGAAGGGGGGGCUCGCCCCAGAAGGUGAAGAAGCGAGAAACUCGCGCGGAGGCUCCCAAAGCUGGCAGCUCCGGGCGGCGGUGCAGGGGCGAAGGGGGGGCGGGGGGGACCGUCGGACAUGCGGCUCUGGAGUUGGGUGCUGCGCCUGGGGCUGCUGAGCGCCGCGCUGGGCUGCGGGCUGGCCGAGCGCCCCCGCCGGGCCCGGAGAGACCCGCGGGCCGGCCGCCCCCCGCGCCCCGCCGCCGGCCCGGCCACCUGCGCCACCCGGGCGGCCCGCGGCCGCCGCGCCUCGCCGCCGCCGCCGCCGCCGCCGCCGCCGGGCGGUGCCUGGGAAGCCGUGCGCGUCCCCCGGCGGCGGCAGCAGCGGGAGGCGAGGGGCGCCGCGGAGGAGCCGAGCCCGCCGAGCCGGGCGCUCUAUUUCAGCGGGCGCAGAGAGCAGCUGCGCCUCCGGGCCGACCUGGAGCUGCCCCGGGACGCGUUCACGCUGCAAGUGUGGCUGCGAGCCGAAGGGGGCCAGAAGUCUCCAGCCGUGAUCACAGGGCUGUAUGACAAAUGUUCUUAUACCUCGCGUGACCGAGGAUGGGUCGUGGGCAUUCACACCGUCAGUGAUCAAGGCAACAGAGACCCACGCUACUUUUUCUCCUUGAAGACAGACCGGGCCCGGCAAGUGACCACCAUCAAUGCCCACCGCAGCUACCUCCCAGGCCAGUGGGUGUACCUAGCUGCCACUUACGAUGGGCGUCUGAUGAAGCUGUAUGUGAAUGGUGCCCAGGUGGCCACUUCUGGGGAGCAAGUAGGUGGCAUAUUCAGCCCGCUGACCCAGAAGUGUAAAGUUCUUAUGUUGGGGGGCAGUGCUCUGAAUCACAACUACCGGGGCUACAUCGAGCACUUCCAUCUGUGGAAGGUGGCCAGGACUCAGCGAGAGAUUCUGUUGGACAUGGAAACCCACGGCCUGCACACCCCCCUACCUCAGCUCCUCCUGCAGGAGAACUGGGACAAUGUAAAGCGCAUGUGGUCCCCCAUGAAGGAUGGCAACAGCCCCCAAGUGGAAAUGAGCAAUGCCCAUGGCUUCCUGCUAGACACAAAUCUGGAGCCCCCUCUGUGUGGCCAGACAUUGUGCGAUAACACAGAAGUCAUUGCCAAUUACAAUGAGCUCCCCAGUUUCCGCCAACCGAAGGUUGUGCGCUACCGCGUGGUCAACCUCUACAACGAUGACCAUGAGAACCCGACUGUGAGCCAGCAGCAGGUGGACUUCCAGCACAGACAACUGGCCGAGGCCUUCAGGGACUACAACAUCUCCUGGGAACUGGAGGUGCUGGAGGUGGACAACUCCUCCCUGCGCCACCGUCUCAUUCUGGCCAACUGUGACAUCAGUAAGAUUGGGGAUGAGAACUGUGAUCCUGAGUGCAACCACACACUCACAGGCCAUGACGGUGGUGACUGCCGCCAUCUGCGAUACCCCGCCUUCAUGAAGAAGCAGCAAAAUGGUGUGUGUGACAUGGAUUGCAAUUACGAACGAUUCAACUUUGAUGGUGGAGAGUGCUGUGACCCUGAAAUCACUGACGUCACUAAGACAUGCUUUGAUCCUGACUCUCCACACAGAGCCUACUUGGAUGUUAAUGAACUGAAGAACAUUCUUAGACUGGAUGGAUCGACACACCUCAAUAUAUUCUUUGCAAACUCCUCAGAAGAAGAGUUGGCAGGAGUAGCAACUUGGCCAUGGGACAAGGAAGCCCUGAUGCACUUAGGUGGCAUUGUCUUGAACCCGUCUUUCUAUGGCAUUCCUGGGCACACCCACACCAUGAUCCAUGAGAUUGGACACAGCCUGGGCCUCUACCACAUCUUCCGAGGCAUCUCAGAAAUCCAGUCCUGCAGUGACCCCUGCAUGGAGACAGAGCCUUCUUUUGAGACUGGAGAUCUCUGCAAUGAUACCAACCCAGCCCCUAAAUACAAGUUUUGCAGCGACCCAGAACCAGGAAAUGACACCUGUGGUUUUAAUAGCUUCUUCGACACUCCUUACAACAACUUCAUGAGCUAUGCAGAUGACGACUGUACGGACUCCUUCACGCCCAAUCAAGUCGCCAGAAUGCACUGUUACUUGGAUCUGGUGUACCAAAGCUGGCAGCCCUCCAGGAAGCCGGGGCCUGUAGCACUUGCCCCCCAGGUUGUGGGCCACACAACGGACUCUGUGAUGCUGGAGUGGUUCCCACCCAUCGACGGUCACAUCUUUGAAAGAGAAUUGGGAUCAGCAUGUGACCUUUGUCUGGAAGGGAGAAUCCUGGUGCAGUAUGCUUUCAAAGCCUCCUCCCCAAUGCCUUGUGGCCCAUCCGGACACUGGAGCCCUCGGGAAGCAGAAGGUCACCCAGAUGUUGAACAACCCUGUAAGUCCAGUGUUCGCACCUGGAGCCCGAAUUCAGCAGUCAAUCCACACACGGUCCCCCCAGCCUGCCCUGAGCCACAAGGCUGCUAUCUUGAGCUGGAAUUCCACUACCCUUUGGUUCCUGAGUCUCUGACCAUCUGGGUGACCUUUGUCUCCAGUGACUGGGACUCCAGUGGAGCUGUCAAUGAUAUCAAACUCUUGACUCUCAGCGGAAUGAACAUUUCACUGGGACCUCAAAAUAUCUUCUGCGACAUACCACUGACCAUCAGACUUCGGGAUGUGAAUGAGGAGGUUUACGGCAUCCAGAUCUACACCCUGGACGAACACCUGGAAAUUGAUGCUGCCAUGUUGACCUCCCUCGCAGACACCCCACUUUGCCUAGAGUGUAAACCUCUGAAGUAUAAAGUGGUCCGAGACCCUCCUCUCCAAGAAGAUGUAGCUUCCCUCCUGCACCGCAAUAGAAGAUUCAUGGACAAGGAUCUAAAACUUGGCAGUGUGUACCAGUAUCAGGUUAUUACCAUUUCGGGAACUGAAGAAAGUGAACCAUCACCUGCUACCAUAUACAUCCAUGGCAGUGGAUACUGUGGUGAUGGUAUUAUCCAGAGAGGCCAAGGGGAGGAAUGUGAUGACAUGAAUAAGAUCAAUGGUGAUGGCUGCUCCCUUUUCUGCCAACAAGAAGUUUCCUUCAACUGCAUUGAUGAACCCAGCCGUUGCUAUUUUCAUGAUGGAGAUGGAGUAUGCGAAGAAUUUGAACAACAGACUAGUAUUAAAGACUGUGGUGUCUACACACCCCAAGGAUUCCUGGAUCAGUGGGCAUCCAAUGCUUCAGUGUCCCAUCAAGACCAGCAAUGCCCAGGCUGGGUCAUCAUCGGGCAGCCGGCAGCAUCCCAGGUGUGUCGAACCAAGGUGAUUGAUCUCAGUGAAGGCAUUUCCCAGCAUGCCUGGUACCCUUGCACCAUCAGCUACCCAUACUCCCAGCUGGCUCAGACCACUUUCUGGCUCCAGGCAUUUUUCUCUCAGCCAGUGGUUGCUACAGCUGUCAUUGUCCACCUAGUGACUGAUGGGACGUAUUAUGGGGACCAAAAGCAAGAGACUAUCAGUGUGCAGCUGCUGGACACCAAAGAACAGAGCCACGACCUAGGCCUCCAUGUCCUGAGCUGCAGGAACAAUCCCCUGAUUAUCCCUGUGGUCCAUGACCUCAGCCAGCCCUUCUACCACAGCCAGGCGGUACGUGUGAGCUUCAGUUCGCCGCUGGUUGCCAUCUCGGGGGUGGCCCUCCGCUCCUUCGACAACUUUGACCCUGUCACCCUGAGCAGCUGCCAGAGAGGAGAGACCUACAGCCCUGCAGAACAGAGCUGUGUGCACUUUGCCUGCGAGGCCUCCGACUGCCCAGCGCUGGCCGUGGAAAAUGCAUUUCUCAAUUGUUCCAGCAGCGACAGCUACCAUGGUGCCCAGUGCACAGUCAGCUGCCAGAAAGGCUACGUGCUCCAGAUACAGCGGGAUGAUGAGCUGAUCAAAAGCAAGACUGGACCCAGUGUCACAGUGACCUGCACAGAGGGCAAGUGGAACAAGCAGGUGGCUUGUGAGCCAGUGGACUGCGGUGUCCCCGACCACCAUCACGUCUAUGCCGCCUCCUUCUCCUGUCUGGAGGGCACCACCUUUGGCAGCAAGUGUUCCUUUCAGUGCCGUCACCCUGCACAGUUGAAAGGCAACAACAGCUUCCUGACUUGUAUGGAAGAUGGGCUGUGGUCCUUCCCAGAGGCCCUGUGUGAGCUCAUGUGUCUCGCCCCAGCCCCAGUGCCAAACGCUGACCUCCAGACAGCCCGGUGCCGGGAGAAUAAGCACAAGGUGGGAUCCUUCUGCAAGUACAAGUGCAAGCCUGGAUACCACGUGCCUGGCUCCUCUCGGAAGUCAAAGAAACGGGCCUUCAAGACUCAGUGCACCCAGGAUGGCAGCUGGCAGGAGGUUGCUUGUGUUCCCGUGACCUGUGACCCACCACCACCCAAAUUCCAUGGGCUUUAUCAGUGCACUAAUGGCUUCCAGUUCAACAGCGAGUGUAGGAUCAAGUGUGAGGACAGCGACACCUCCCAGGGUCACGGAAGCAACAUUAUCCUCUGCCGGAAAGAUGGCACCUGGAGUGGCUCCUUCCACGUCUGCCAGGAGAUGCAAGGCCAGUGCUCAGUCCCAAACCAGCUCAACAGCAACCUUAAACUACAGUGCCCAGACGGCUACGCCAUAGGGGCAGAGUGCGCCACCUCGUGCCUGGACCACAACAGUGAGUCCAUCAUCCUGCCAACAAACAUGACCGUGCGUGACAUCCCUCACUGGCUGAACCCGACACGAGUGCAGAGAGUUGUCUGCACUGCUGGUCUCAAGUGGUACCCUCUUCCUGCUCUGAUUCACUGUGUCAAAGGCUGUGAGCCCUUUAUGGGAGACAAUUACUGUGAUGCCAUCAACAAUCGAGCCUUCUGCAACUAUGAUGGUGGGGAUUGCUGCACUUCCACGGUGAAAACCAAAAAGGUCACCCCUUUCCCUAUGUCUUGUGACCUACAAGGUGACUGUGCUUGUCGGGACCCUGAGGCCCAAGAACACAGCCAGAAAGACCUCCGGGGAUACAGCCAUGGAUAAGGAAGGACAAGGAGUUGUCAAAGAAUUCCCAACACCAGGACCUGCAUCCCUUUGGUAUUGAUUUCACAGUCUGCUGCUCAAUGGAAUGGCCUCUCCACACCAGGGAUCCUUAGCACCCAACCGGUCUGCCUUUAAUUUCACCCAGGAAGGACUCACCGUAGGGAGAAUGAACCAAAUCUCAUCAUGCUGGAUGAUGGAAUGGAAUCCCAUCCCAAAGUCUAAGAUGGAUUGCAUAGACAGCAUGUAGUCCUGGAGCCUCCUAAAAUUCUAAAAUUUGUUACACAACCACAGCAAAAACAUGUUCUUCAGAGUAUGCACAUUUGUCGUUAGUACACAUGCAUGCAUACACUUCCAUACAGAAACAUCUGUGUGAGGGCAGUUCUGGAGAAAUAGUAGAGAGCGACUGGAACAAACUCAGUCCUUUCCCAAGUGCAUACAUAGCUAACACUAUUCUAGGGAGGAAUAGAGUUAUAGAAACUGCUAACGCCAAAUAUUGAGAUACCAAGAUUGUUCAUACCCUGAGGCUCAGAACAUGUAGACCGUGCACAAUUGUGUAGUCCUUUGGAGCUGGAAGUGAAAUGGUCUGUGGUCACCAACCUUUAAGGGGACCAAGACCCAGGAAGAGGUAAAGAUUCCAAGGUAUGCAAAGUUUCCCAGUUCUGCUGCCACAGAGAAUUUACCCCAACCCCAGGGUUCGAGGUCAAGCUGAAAAUGACUUAGGACUGCAAAGUUAAGGUAUUAUACCAGCCCCCUGCUUGAGGCCUGAGGUCAUAAUAUUCCUCUAGAUCCCACCCAUUCCCCAGAUCUUGCCUUGGGACCACAUUUGCUGCUACUUUUCCUGCUGCUCUGUCUUACACAUUAAGUACCACAAGAUGUCAGAACUAGGUUAGGAGAAACCCCACACAACCAAACAGUCUGCCUUAAAAGUGACCCACAUUUUCCCACAGUUCCUCACUUCUGAAACCUUCUGCAAGAAAAAAACCCUCAUGAGCCCACAUGAUGGGAAAUAAAGUCUCCCAUGAGUGGACUUCUCAUCCUGGAAGGGAAGGAAGGGACCUCAAGUGCUGGAACCCUUUCUGAGAGUCUAGAGUGUCUAAGCCAGUGUUAUUUCAUAAUCAGGUGGAACAGUGUUAAACUUCUGGGAUGUUGGAGUCAUCCAGAGACUGUUGGAACUGUCUGGACUCUUGGGUUAUUAUCCUUAUUUUAGUCUUCUUAGUCCUCCAGGCCAGGGGAGGCUUUGGUUCUAAGAACCUCACUGUUGCUGUGCAUAGAUACAGUUCUGGAGUCAUCUGGAGAAUCAUGUUGAAUGUUAUUAAUGUGGAUUGCAUUCUCAAGGGCCAUUGGAGGGAUGCCUAAGAUUUCACAGACCUGGUAUCCAACAUGAGCAUCACAUUUUCCAAAUCAUUUUUCUACCACAAGUACUCCUUGUACACCUGUGGCGGACAGCUCCUCCCUACUGGCCAUGUUGAGCUUUCAACAGUUAAGAGGAAUUUAAUCAAUUGCCCAUGGAAGCUCUCAUCUCUUUUAGGGCCUCAUUUGCCUAUUUCCAGUCAGAAACCUCCCCACUGCCUUUGGGUUCAUAUGGAAAGAGAUUAAUGCAGGGUGUGGUGGAGACAGUGGUUAAAUUUGACAUAGUUUCUGAAACCUAGAUUUAGAAGUUAAGGACAUGGGAGACUCUAAACUAUGUCAUUUAAAGAUUACUGUAAGUCAAGUGUUCUCAAGUCCAGUGAAGACAACCAACAAAAGCAAAGUCUAGAAUAGAAAUGGAAAGUGCCAGGCAUGUGUGUAGCUCCUCUUAAUUCCUUAUCUAAAGCAGGCAUUGUUAAUCCAUCAUGGCUUUUUCCUACUGGGACCAAAAAUAACUUCAGAAGCUCUCUGAUUUCAUCACUCCCAACAGUAAUUACCUGCUGAUCAAGAGCAUUUGAAAAGGCAUCUACUGGCCAUUUGUGGUCUGUUGUAUUAAAAAUACAUCAAGGUGCUUUUUGCACAGGUGCCCACCUAUAAGAACACAGUGCUUAGUGCUUAGUUUACAUGGCUUUCCCCAUCACAGCCUCUGAGAACGGAGAUGGAGAUUCCAGAAUGGAGAGGCUGCCCAUUGUGAAGGCUAGGUUCAUACCCUGUAUGAUUCCUCUUAUAAAAUGAAAUCACAUUUAUAUGCAGAGCAUUUAUUUCUGUAAUCACCUGAGUCAAUCCUUAGCCAAAAAAAAAAAAAAUAGGACUAUUAUGAGAAGGACUGAACGUAUUUUGUGCCCAUCUCUAGUGUCUUAGAGCUCUUGUCAACUCUUAAGGUCCAGCUCUUGCCAUAGCAGAGCUUUUGGCCUUGUAGUGUCAGUUCAGAAGGUAACAAGCAGAGAAAGGAAACAGGAUCAGCCCUCCAAAUGACUCAGUUACAUCCGUAUGAAAUAUAAAGAGCUCAGGAGGCGGAAAGAUGACAUUACUGAUGUCAGGAUUGCAGAAACCACAGAAUACCCUCACCAGCUCCCUUUAAACCAAUCUUUAGCUAGUUUCUACUCUCACUACCACUGUUAACUAUCCCUAUGCUUUUCAGAUGCACAAAAAUUCCCAGAGGCUGACUUCCAUUUUUAUAUGCCCAGUUUGAAUUGAGCCCUUCUAAGUAAAGAUCCUCCAGUCUUCUCCUUUGUAUCAUCCAAACUUGUCACUGACAAAUUAAUAUUUGCCAAGAAUAUUACUUAAGUAAAACAGGCCACUUAAUUGGGGGCCAGCCUUCAUGGAAAAAGGUCAGCUCUAUUCAUGCAAAGCACUGAUUCCCAGUUUCAUAUCCCUUGAGUCAUCUGUUUAGGACAAUGGAGUACUCACAGGGAGGCGGCUGUGAAGUACUCUGUGAUGGCAGCUCAGGUGGCCUAAAACAUUCGGGAGUUCUAUGUCAGAAGAAACGCUACCCCAUCAGCUCCAUGAAAGAAAAGAUGAAAUGGACAUAUCUCUAAGCUCCAUCCCAGGAAGCCUUUCCAAGGCUCGACUUUUACUGCCUGCUUAGAGUACUUGCAUUGCACCCAGAUUCUGUGCCAAAAACUUUUAAGGGAAUACUGUACUUUAGAAAUCAGUUUGAGUAGGUGAAUUGGGGUGUAAAGGAAGGGAGAGAGUAAUGGUCAUCAACAGCAGGCCUUUGGAGACAGAGGGUAUCAGCUGCUACUCUUGGCUUCAGCACAUUGGGUCAUUGCCUAGACAGUUCUCUUGGUCUUAUUCCCACCUUGGCUGAUGCUUAAGUGCUAUUUGUUGAAAAUAAUUAUUUGAGACAGUUUUCAGCUACCUCCCUUCCAGGUUUGAUUUAACUUGGUUGUAACUGUCAAUUUGUUAUAGGUCUUACCUGUGUUUAAAAAAAAAUAAAAGAGAAAAGAAAAAGAAAAAGAAAGAAAGAAAGAAAGAAAGAAAGAAAGAAAGAAAGAAAGAAAGAAAGAGAAAAAAAGAAAAGGAAAGGAAAGAAAAGGAAAUCAUAAGAUCAAGUGAAUCAUUUAGAAGUUUUGUGUGGCUUUUUUUUUUUCCUCUGUUUUUCUGCAGCUACUUCAAAUGAGAAAAUAAAUAGAAGACAUUAAUGGUGACAACGCUGUACAGAUAGAAAAUAAUAGGAGACAAUAAGAUAAAAGGAAAUUAAAAUGCAUGGCAAAAACUAAGACUAUAAACCCAUUUUUAUGUUUCCUAAAGGAAAUUGUUUAUUCCACAGACUGAGUAGGUAGAUACAGCAUAAAUAUUUCCCUAGAAGACAUAGAGUGGGAUAAUAAUGCGGUCUGUUAUUUUCUGUACAUUGUGGUAGGUCCAGGAAAUACGACAUCUCCCCUCUUCCCAUAUGUUGUUGCUGCAGGGAGUGCAUUUUGUUUAUUUGUUUGGUGGCAUUAGGGAGUAGGGAGGGCUCAAUAAUUGGUUUUACCAAGUGUUAAGGGGACAUAUUGUGUCGUUGUGCUUUUUAAGUUACCAGAUGUUUAUAUUUGCCAGUAUAGUACUUGGCUUUAUAAAGAAUGCACUCAGACCACACUGCACAGUCCAAUUUUCCUAAAAAGCUGCUACAUCACCAGACAGGUAAUUCCGGUGUGUUCUGAGAAACAAAGCUAAUCAACAACUAUAUAUAUAUAUAUAUAUAUAUAUAUAUAUAUAUAUAUAUAUAUAAAACCUAGACAGCAAAUGAGUAAAAUGCCUGUUUUCAGGUUUUGCCAAAUUCAUACCCAAUGUUUUUCCUUUUUAAGAGACAUGUAUACUCAAUAAGAGAAGAAUUAGUCUUAGCACAAAGAACCUAGAAAUUCUUGACUCCGGGCUGCAGUUUAGUCAGUGAUUUUGAACAGGUCAUCAAAUUGCCUCUACAUUUGCCUCAGUUUCUCUAGUUGCAAAGUGGGGAUCCAACUACUUACCUACCUCACAGUGGGAGGGCAGAGGAUUGUGAGGUCUGAGGAUUUAAAUGGCUAUGGCAAUCUGUGAGAGUCAAGGCUUACCAGAAGCCCGCAGGCUGCUUUCCAGGGACACACAGGCCUUGGGCGGAACAUAGUGCCUGUCUGCUGUUCCAAGGCAUCAAGCUGGAACUCCUGGAUCACAGCCCACCUUAAGAGUGUGUGUUGGGUGAUACUGAACUUUUUGGGUAAAUUUUAAUUUCUUCUCUUAUCCUGACCUUUACCAUUUCAAUGAUUUGAUUAAAAGCCAAUUACUUCCGACAGUAUAAAAAUCAGUUUCCUGUUGUUUAUUCAAGACUUCCAGGCCAUUUCCAAUUUUCAGAGGGAAGGGAUCUCUAAUGUCUCUUCUUCAUUGGACCCCUCCCUCUUCAGACUCAUGCAUCCACACUGAGUGUUCCAUUCAAGGAAGAUACGGCAUUCUGUAUAGAAAUAUCUCGGGGCUUCUUAAACUACACACCAGCAGUCAGUGAGGAGAAUUUUGAACAAUUACUGAGUUGCUUUCUUGGGUCUCUAUAAUCAAUAACCUGUCUGCAGAUAUCUAUCUAUAUAAAGAUAUUAUAUAUAAAUAUAAAUUUACAUAUAUAUGCACAUGUAUAUAUAGUUGUACAUAUAUGUGUGUAUAUAUAUACUUAAAUGUAAUAUUUACAAAAUAAAACUGUGAUCUCAUCUAGAGAAAAUGUAUUCAUAUUACAAACUGCUCUUCCAUAUUUAUGUAUCAUAUUAUACCUUUUUAUUAUUGUUAUAAUUAUUAUGGGUAUUUCUAAUUAUUAUGAUAUUGAAAUCUGUUUGGCACCUUCUGGAACUUACCAAAAAAAAAAAAAAAAAAGCCUCUCUAUUGAAGUGCUUAAAAUCUAUUCUCAUGAGAAUUCUACUGGCCUACUGUAAAAAAGAAAAAAAAAAAAAGAAAAAAAAAGGAAAAUAAAAGACAGAAAGAAAACAAUCUAAGCACCAAAAACUAAACACAAUUCCAAUCUUUUUUCUGUACCUCACGCGCAUAAAUUUGCUGCUCCUAUUUUGGGUUUUAUUUUUCCUGUUUAUGUGUUUUUAUGGAUCUAAGUUAAAUCUUUCAGCAAUAUAUAAAAUGUAAAUAGUAAACUUUAUUUAUUAAGAAUGUCAUCUUUUUUAAUUUAUAUUUACACAAUUGUUCAUCUAAUUUAUUUUUUCUAUACGGUUUUAAAUACUCAGACAUAUUUUUCUGUUCAUGAUAUUUUUUAUCCUGUUCUUAUAGAUUUGUUUUUCCAUACUGUUUUCUCUGGUCUCAAUUACAGGUUGGAUCUCACACAAAAAAAUAAUGUCAAAGACAGAAAUAUUUUGCCACUGUUGAUUACUAUACCUUAAAGUUCUAUAUUAUGAAAAUAUAUAAUAGCUUGUCUGCUUC